GCCCGCCAUCUUAUCGUACACAAAUCCCAUAAACCAACCCAAACGAAGCGAAAAAAAAAGGUCUCCACGAAACUUCUUACACAUUCCCCUCUGGUCGUUUUAUCACCGGGGCCACCGUGAGCGCCGCCACUGCUACAAGAGAAAAUAACUCAACAUCUUCAAUCCCCCAUUUUACCCUCAGAAAUUAUCCAAAAUUACCUACGAAAUGCAAUUUCUAGGGUUAGGGUUUUGGUGAACUCGAUGAAAAGAAGAAAGAAAACUACCAUGGACGAUUUCAAGGACUCGGUAUCAAAAUCGGUGAGUGAGACGGUGAACGGGUCACACCAGUUCACAAUCAAAGGUUACUCGUUGGCGAAAGGGAUGGGUCCCGGGAAAUGUAUAGCCAGCGAUGUUUUUACCGUUGGAGGUUACGAUUGGGCGAUUUACUUUUACCCCGACGGUAAAAAUCCCGAGGAUAAUGCGAUGUAUGUUUCGGUUUUCAUUGCUUUGGCUAGUGAAGGUACCGAUGUUCGAGCGCUUUUUGAGCUUACCCUUGUGGACCAGAGUGGGAAAGGGAAGCAUAAGGUUCACAGUCACUUUGAUCGGGCGUUGGAGAGUGGGCCGUAUACUUUGAAGUACAGAGGGAGCAUGUGGGGUUAUAAGCGAUUCUUUAGAAGAACAACUUUAGAAACUUCUGACUAUAUAAAGGACGAUUGCCUAAUCAUGAACUGCACUGUUGGAGUAGUCAGAACUCGCCUCGAGGGACCGAAACAGUGUUCUAUUUCUGUACCUCCAUCAGACAUGGGUCAGAAUCUUAAAGCCUUGUUAGAGUCUGAAGUUGGUUGUGAUAUAAUUUUUCAGGUUGGUGAUGAGACAUAUAGAGCACAUAAGUUGAUCCUAGCUGCCCGCUCACCUGUUUUUAGGGCACAGUUUUUUGGGCUUGUUGGGGACCCUAAUAUGGAUAAAGUAGUUGUGAAAGAUGUUGAGCCCUCUAUCUUCAAGGCAAUGCUCUUGUUUAUUUAUACCGAUAAGCUUCCUGAUGUACAAGAGAUUACAGGCUCAACGUCUAUGUGUAUGUCUACCAACAUGGUGCAGCAUCUUCUGGCCGCUGCUGAUCUGUACAAUUUAGAUAGACUUAAAGUGUUGUGCGAGGCAAAAUUGUGUGAAGAACUUAAUGCUGACACAGUGGCAACGACUCUUGCACUGGCCGAGCAGCAUCAUUGCGUGCAGCUUAAAGCUAUAUGUUUGAAAUUUGCUGCAACUCCAGCUAACUUGGGAGCGGUAAUGCAGUCAGAAGGGUUCAGGCACUUGGAGGAAUGUUGCCCAUCUUUGUUGUCGGAGCUGUUGAAGACCUUUGCAUCCGGUGAGGAGAGCUCAAGUCUGCUGUCAAGUAGGAAGAGGAGUGGCAGCAGUGUUUACGGGAUAGAUCUAGCAGCAGAAGGUCCUAUGGAAGAACCGGUGAAUCCUAAUGGCAGGCGUGUUCGGAGGCGCUGAAUCCUAAUGGUAGGCGUGUUUGUGGUAUUUCUAGGACAUACAUUCCACAUACAUCGCAGGAGUGGAUUUUUAACUAAACCCUAGUUAUCUAUUACAUGUUAAUAUUAGUUAUAACUUGUAAUGCUUUUUUUUCUCUGUAUAAAGUAACUAUGUUUCCUUGAGGGUUGAAAAGUAUUCUCUUUGGUUUUUGCA